UUAGCGUAUACUGCUACGAGCCUGGCCGACAAAAAUGGCGAAACAUUUGAGGAUCGCGAUUUGCGAGUGGAUCUGUUUGACCGGCCGUUCGACGUUGUAGCUCCGGUCAACUCCGCCGACGCAGAGUUGGAGAAGACGGUCGAAGGAAUCAACGAGCUCGCCAUUGUUGGACUGUUCAUGAAUCGUUCGAAAGUGAUGAGGUACUGGGAAAUCAGAUUCGGAAGGGGCGUUGAAUCCCGAGCAAGGGCCGGUGAAUUUAGGCGGCGCGUGAUAGAAACGCUUGUAUGGAAAAGAACGAAGGAUCAUCAAGCAUCGACGGCU